AUGAAAGCCGCUCAAUUCAAUACUCUCGUUAACAAGGUUGAGGUUAAUGAGAUCCCGAUUCCGGAACCGGGACCAAAUGACAUUCUCAUCAAAAAUGCCUGCGCCUCUCUGUGUCACUCUGAUUUGAUGCUAUUCUGGGGCCAUACUGCAGAGAAGCCUCCAAUGGAUAAAGUCACAAUCGGGCAUGAGAACACCGGCUUUGUUACGGCAAUCGGAAGCAAUGUGCAAGGUUUCAAAGUGGGAGAUGUUGUCGGAUGCCUUGGCUGCAGCUACGCUUGUUGUAAGUUGCAAUCCUUGGGCUGCAGUGCAUUUGGCCAGUGCAGCACGAUUGAUUUGCUGAACCAUUUAGAUGAAUGUGAGGGGUGUCGCGUGCAUAGUCUCCAUUGCGCAAAGGGAACCGGCCGUAUGCAUGGGUUUACUACUCAUGGUCAUUUUGCUGAAUACUCGCUCUCGGACUAUCGCAAUGCGAUGGUGCUCCCGAAGGGCAUGGAUACUGUUUCGACGGCUCCUUUAUUCUGUGCCGGUGUUACGGCCUAUCAUGCAGUGAAGAAAUGUGGACUCCAAGAAGGUGAUUGGAUAUCAAUUAUCGGAUGUGGAGGACUAGGACAUUUGGCCAUCCAAUAUGCCAAAGCAUUGAAAUUGCGUGUAAUUGGUAUCGACAUCUCCGACUCCCAGCUAAAAAACGCCAAGUCUCUGGGCGCAGAGCUUACCUAUAACUCUGCUUCGUAUGUGGGCUACGCUGAAGAGAUUAAGCAAAAAACUUACGGUGGCGCACAUGCCGCCGUGGUCUUGAGCGCAUCAAAUGCUGCGUACAGCACGGCUCCCAACAUUCUGAGAGUCAAUGGAAUUUUGAUGGUAAUUGGAAUACCAAAGGAAAACCUCUCAAUUAAUGCUCUCGAUAUUCUACUUGGAAAAUAUCGCAUCAUGGGCGCUAGCAGUGGAACACCACAGCAAAUGCGUGAGCCCAUUGAGUUUAGCCACAAGCAUGGAAUCAAGGCACACAUGACAACAAUUGACAAAAUUGAGGAUAUUCAGAAGAUUAUCGACUUAAUGGAGGCCGGAAAGACUGCUGGCCGAUUUGGGAUUGUAUUUUAG